CGCCAUUUUCUUAACCUGUAUAACAUAUAACUUAUUAAUGUAAAAUCGUUCUUGUGUGUCGUCAACGUAAAUAUACCUCGUUAAUCAUGUCGGACGAAGAAAUGGAAAAAUUCGAGAUCACAGACUAUGAUCUCGACAAUGAAUUUAAUAUGUACAGAAAUAGGAAAGGCCUGAGUAAACAACAACAGAUUUACGGUAUUUGGGCCGAUAAGAGCGACAGCGAUGAAGAGACAAAAUCAUCUUUUAAAUCACAAAAGAAACCAAAAAACUACACAGCUCCCAUUGGUUUUGUGGCUGGAGGUAUUCAGCAAGCCGGCAAGAAAAAAGACAAAGAAGUUGUUAAAAAGGAAGAAAACUCAGAUGAGGAAAAACCGACCACAUCAUUUAAAACUAAGGACAGCUCAGAUGAAUCUGAAGAGGAAGUACCAAGGGCAGGAUUUGGAGCUCCACGAGUAACAGACUCAACAAUGACUGAAAUCACUGGAGACAUAGCGGGUAUGAGAUCGAAGCGAACGCACAACACAAGCUUGAUGAAUCAAGGAAUGGGAAAUUGGGAAAAACACACCAAGGGAAUCGGUGCAAAACUCUUACUUCAGAUGGGUUUCAAACCAGGAAAAGGUCUUGGAAAAGAUCUACAGGGUAUUUCUGCACCAGUGGAGGCGCACUUAAGGAAGGGCAGAGGCGCAAUUGGAGCGUACGGACCUGAAAAACCAGCAAGUAUUCCCAAAAAGAAGGAGAAAGAAACUAAGAUGGAGGAAGAUGAAGAGGAAAAAGUCGAAUCAAAAUGGCAAAAGAGCGAUACUGCAAAAAAGAAGACACGCUAUUAUUACCGCAGUGUCGAUGAUGUUAUUGAAAAAGGUAAACGUCCAGGAGCAUAUAGAAAUUCUCGGGCCCCCAGUGAACUCACAAAGGUCAAGGUAAUUGACAUGACUGGACCACAGCAAAGAGUAUUGAGCGGUUAUCAUGCGUUGAGCGGGUUGAAACCACCGCCUGGGGUCGAACAUUUUGAAGAUGUCGUUCACAAGAAGUGCUCAAAUUUUGCCUUGCCUGAAAUUCAACACAACCUGGAUUUACUAGUUGAUAUAUGUGAACAGGACAUAAUAAGGAUUGAUAGGGGCACAAGGUACAAUCAAGACAGAUUGACGGCCCUGAAGCAAGAGGAAAAUUCGUUAAAAGGAUUGCUCAAGAAGGAGGAGGAAGUGGUAGAUAAUUUGCAACAUGUAAUGGAGGUUGUGGAGAAGUUGAUGAAUCCAAGCCAAGGUUACUCUAUGAAGCAAAUCUGUUUGAUUUUUAAGGAUCUACAGGACGACUACUACGAGGAGUAUCACCGAUACGAGUUGGGAGAGUUGGCCCCGGGUCUGAUAGGGCCAUUGUUGACGUCUGCGAUGGCCUCUUGGGUGCCGCUCUCGACGCCUCGUCAAUUCAUAGACAUCUUCAGUCAAUGGAAGGAACUCCUGGAGCGACCCAGGCAACAACAGAACCAACGUGGGACAUUAGAAGGUAAUAAUUUGGGGAUACAGCCCUAUGACAGCCUCAUCUGGCACACCUGGAUGCCAGUUAUGAGAUCUUGUGUGAGUUCUUGGAAUCCGCGUGACUGUGAUCCACUGAUAAAUCUGCUAGAAGCUUGGCAGCCUAUAGUUCCCAACUGGGUCAUGGAGAACAUAUUCUCACAACUUAUUCUUCCACGCAUCAAAACAGAAGUGGAUAAUUGGAAUCCACUAACUGACACUGUACCUAUUCAUACGUGGAUCCACCCGUGGAUACCACUGUUGGACAGCAAACUUCAAGUAACAAUUUAUCCAAUAAUUCAAGAGAAACUGGGCAUGGCUUUGAGCAACUGGCACCCACUGGACAAGUCAGCAAAACUCAUUCUAAAACCAUGGCAGAGGGCUCUACCAAAUGGCUCAUUUGUUGGGUUCUUGAUAAAGCACAUUGUGCCAAAACUCCAACUGUGUAUGCAGUCUCUGGAAAUAAAUCCACAUCAGCAGCAUUUAGAUCCCUGGCACUGGGUUAUGGACUGGAGCGACAUGAUCUCAGUCGUGAAUAUGACCUUAAUCCUAGAUAAAUUCUUUUUCCCACGUUGGCUACAAACCUUAGCGGUCUGGUUGAAUCAUAAUCCGAACUUUACACAGGUUGCUGAAUGGUACUCGGGUUGGAAACGAAUGCUUUCCGACGAUCUUCUCUCUCAACCUUCCAUAAAAGAACACUUCCAUAAAGCGUUGGAAAUGAUGAACCGGGCAGUUAAAAUAGGUGGACAGCCGGGCGCCAAAGAAUCCAUAUCUUACUUAAAGAACUUGGAAAGUAAUACCGCGCCUCCACCACAAGCACCCACCAGGGUUGAGAGUAUAGCGGAGGCCGUAAGAACCGCAGCGAAAAUACCUCAAGGAUUCAAGGAUUUGGUUACUAAACGUUGUGAAGAAAGAGGAAUAUUGUUUGUUCCAAUACCGAAUAAGUAUCACGAAGCUAAGCAAGUUUACCGGAUUGGAAACAAUGGAGUGCAAUGCUACAUAGACAGAAAUGUGAUAUUUUACUCUCAAAAUAACUCCACUUGGAUACCAACGUCAUUAAAUGCAUUGUUAGAUAUUGCGUAAAAUUCAUUUAGACUGUAAAUUUAAUAGGACUUAAGUUUUUGAAUAUAAGUGAUUUUUUUUUAAA